AUGGCUUUGUCAAUGUCAAUGUCACCAAAGGAAGAGACUGUCCUGGUACAGCACGUCGACGCAGAUAUUGUCAAGGUUGUUUUGAAUCGGCCCAAGGCAUUGAACGCCAUAAACUCCGACCUUCUCCAAAGUCUGGUCAAGGCACUUCGAGACGUGGCCGGGUCAAAAGUCAUCAUUCUCGAAUCCGCGGGAGACCGAUCAUUCUGCGCCGGAGAGGACCUCAAGCAGACCCUGGCACCAAAGACGGGCUCGCCCCAAGAACUGCGAGUCGCGUUUGACCUACUCCAAGACAUCACCCGACUCACAAGUUGCUCACAGUCGGUGGUCAUUUCGGCCGUCCAGGGAUUCGCCAUAGGCGGUGGUGCAGAGAUCGCCUUGGCCGCGGACUUUGUCAUCGGUGGACCUGGAGCACAAUUCAGGUUCCCCGAAGUGCCCAUCGGACAUGCCGCCACGGGCGGGAUCACUUUCCGACUGACGCAACUGGUAGGCCUUCUGCAGGCGAAGAGGUUGCUCCUCAGGGGCCAAUUCGUCAAAGCGGACGAGGCUGCACGACUGGGGCUGCUCACUGAACUCGUGGACGACGACCCCAGGGUGAGGGCGCUCGAGCUUGCCCGUGAGUUAGCCAAGAUGCCUACUGUAUCUUUGGCCGCUUCCAAGACGUCCUUGGAACGUUCCGUGUUUCCGCACAUGGAAGGCUCUCUCCAGGACGAGGUGAACGUUGCGAGCUACUGUUUUGCACAGAGCGACGCGGCCAAGGCGUUUACAGACUUUGCAGCAAGGAAAGGUGUGAAGCACGAAAGUCUUGUGGCUACAUCAAACGGAGUCCGCAAGCACGAAGAAGCAACCGGGAUUAUCAAUACAAAUGGUUUCGUCGGCGUUCAAAUACCAUCGAGUGUCAGGGACAUCAACACCGCGUUGAAACACGCUGUAUCCUGUUUCUCUGAUCGCCCUUUUAUACGAUUCUCGGGCAAAGACACAAGCUUCCAGUACUUUGACGACUUGGUGGGAAAGCUCGCUGGAGGACUCAGCAUCCUCGGCAUUGGUCGUGGAGAUAGAGUGCUGGUGAUGAUGAGAAACAGCCUUGAAAUGGUGACCAGCUGGCUGGCAACGAACCGCUUGGGAGCGACUUGGGUUCCCAUCAACGUCCAACUGAGAUCGGUAACCCUCAAGCACGUCAUUGAGUCAGCCGAUCCAAAAUUGAUCAUCGUUGACGCGGAUUUACGCUCUGAGAUUGAGGUUCUUGGAUUUCUCAACCCCGAGAUGUUAUGGGUCAAUGGUGAAGACGCCCGUUCUAACAGCAUGGCUUCACUUUACGAGCGAGGCUUGACCAUAGAGAGUGCCGCCGAUGUUCUCCCCGGUACUCCUUCAGCAUUCUUGUUCACGAGUGGCACCACAGGCAGAUCCAAACCGUGCAUCUUAUCCCAUGAGUACUUCAUAAUCCAAGCCAAGACGCUGAUUGAAGGCUGUGGACUUAACGGGGACGAUGUUCUCUACUGCCCGUUCCCGUUGUUCCAUGCAGAUGCCACGGCGCUCACCACGAUCCCUGCACUUCUUUUGGGCGCAGUCGCGGCAUUGUCUGCCCGCUACAGCGCCAGUAGAUUCUGGGACGAGAUUCGAGCGAACAACGCAACAGUGUACGAUUUCAUGGGCGCAACGUUGGCUCUGACAUACAAACAACCUCCUUCGGCAAAAGACAGAGAUCAUAGGGUCAGGUUGGCUUGGGGUGUACCGAUGCCGAGCUUUGCAAGCGAUUACGAACAGCGCUUCGGACACCGCCUCGUAACGUUGUACGGAAGCGUCGAGGCUAGUUUGCCGGUGUUCCAGGACGGCGCUCUAGCUCCCGGUUCCUGUGGGAGACUGCGCAAGGGUUACCAGCUGCGCAUUGCCGACGAGAUGGACGAGGAGCUCCCGCCAAACACCGUGGGACACAUUUUGCUCCGAAGUGACGUGCCAACUGCCUUCUUCCAGGGCUAUUACAAUGAUGCUUGCAGUACGCUAGCCGCAUCUUCGAACCUGUGGCUCCAUACAGGCGACAAAGGCAAGGUGGACGAACAGGGCAACGUAUACUUUGUUGGUCGGGUCAAGGAUGUCAUUCGCCGGAGGGGGGAGAACAUCAAUGCCUCCGAACUGGAGGAGGAGUUUUUGCGACACCCAGAUGUGGUGCUGGCGGCUGCAUACGGCAUCCCGUCAGAACUUGGUUCAGGCACCGAAGAAGAUGUCAAGGUCGUGGUCAAGGUGCGUGAGGGAAGCUCGGUCUCAGAAAGAGUCCUCUGGGAGUGGUCGGUCAAGCAUAUGGCUCGUUUUCAAGUGCCCAAUGUGGUGGAAAUCACACAGGAGAUCAGGAGGACGGCGACAGGAAAGAUGGAGAAGCAUGGGCUGAGUGUAGCGGGAGGUCAGAGGUUUGACCUUCGUCAGAGAUGA